AAGUCUUUCAACAUUGUGUUUUAAACAAUGAACAGUACACGAAUAACUUUAUAAAAAUUAAUUGUUUUUUUCAUUUGAAAAUCAGAAUUAAAGUCAUUUAUUACAAUAAAAGAAAAAUAUCUAAAACAUUACAAACAAAAAAAAAAAAUAAAAGUGGCUUAUUAAAUAUUAUAAAUCAUGAAAAAUAUUUUUGUUGGUAUUUUUUUUGUUUUUAUAACAGAUCAUACACAAGCUCUUGACGUAGUUCCUCUAAAAAUUGGUAUUCCAUAUUUUGAGUAUGGAUAUAUACCAACUCAAUUUUUAGAUCAACCAUUGUAUGCAUGUGUCGAGGCUGAAUUAGAAUAUGGUGAAUCUCUCUGGUACUGGAUUGAUUUUGAACAGCGUUCUCCGCUAUAUCAAGACUAUAACGAAUGGGUAUUAUUAUGGACGAAAGGAUUUCUCCGAGAUGAUCUUGUUGACACAUGUUUUACUAUUCCAGAACCACAACAACGAUUCACAAUGUACUUGAAUGCAACAUCAAAUAUGACCUCUGAAAUAAAUAAACAUAGGACUUUCGAUACAAUUCAUGGAAUAUAUGUUGGAAAUAUAGAAGAAUAUAAAUCUAACGAAAGUCUAAUUAUCGGAAAACUUUGGCCUGAUUUAAAUCGAGUGCCAGGAUAUCUUCAGAGUGAUUAUCAAUGCACUGACGUGUAUACUGUUGCUGCAAAUGAUAUAGUUACGAUUAAUUAUGGCAUACAAAAUAUAUCUGGUUAUAUUCACAAACUCACGAUACAAGAAAAUAGUUUAGAAUAUCCACUUUCUAAUUGGGAACAAGAUCGUCCAGAAUAUAUAGUUAAUGAAGAAUUACUUAUAGAAGGAAGAUCGUAUCUCCAAUUUACAGCUCCAAAAAAUAUGGAUAUACGAAUUUUUUUUUAUACUUUUGCUAAGCAGGAAAUUUAUACACCUUUGAUGGGUUUAUAUUGGCAUACAGUUACUACCCACCGAAUUAUUAAGACUGGAUCACAAUCUGAAACUCCUAAAACUGUAAUUAAACCAACUGAACGUACAUAUCCAGCUUCAAUUCUUUGUCCACGUUCAUAAAUGAAGUAUUAUUUUAUCAGUAUCGAAUAUAAAAUAACGAUUAUACUAACAAUAUUAAUUUAAACAUUUAUUUUUGUCUGAAUAAAAAACAACAGUUAGUCUUUAAA